UCUAAUUUUUUAGACAUCAGCGAAAUAAGGCAGGGAAAUCACCAUGCCUAGGCUGAAGGGAGGGCCGCCCCCGCCGCCCGACGACGCCUCCGACUUCUCCAUGGACGCAGAGGAAACGAAGGCCCUUUACUUGCAAAGAACAUGCCUUGAGAAAGCUUCUCCUCUAAGCAAAUAUAUCGAGGCCGAGCACCAGGAAGCAGGACUGUUACCGUUGUCUCCACUCGACGCCACUCUGGACCUCCAGAAGAAGAGGAGGAAGAAGUGUGGGGCGUGCACUCCCUGCCUCCGCAGAGAGAACUGCGGCUCUUGUGGAAACUGCUUGAACCGCCGGACGGGGAAACAGAUCUGCAAGCAGCGCAAAUGUGACCAGCUGAAGAAACGACGGGGCGAACUGGAAAUCAGUGAGGUGGAAUAUUUCGAAGACAACAGUCGAGGCUGCUCGGGACAUCCUGAAGUAGCGGUGGAGAGUGUUCACAAAGUCACUUCAGUGGAUGGCCCCAGAAGUGGAGGCCAGAUGGAAAUUGGGUCACAUGACCGCCUCCAGGAAGGCGCGCUGAGCCUGGAAUUGGCCAAUGGGAUAAACCCAUACCCUAAUGAUGAUGAGGCAUCUAUGGAAACAGAACAGCAGAGGGCAGGAGGCGUGCCUUCAAGGCAAUGCUGGGUGCCAGGACAGAGCAAGGUCAGUGACACCCAAGGACAGCGCCCAUGUUGGAGCAGCAAUGGCGGUACGACUCCAGCUGAACCUAUCCACCAUGCAGACAUAGAAGAUGCCCACAAUCUGGUGGCUUUUUCUGCUAUUGCUGGUUCUUUGCCUCCUUCUUCCUCCUCUUCCUGCCUUGUGCAGCCCAAUACCCAGCUGUAUGAAAAGUUCAUCAAAGAAACUGGUGCUGGUGGGGCCCAUUCUGUACUCCCUGCAGUGGUUCCUGAGGGUAACUCCCAACCUCCGGAGGACCUUGAUACUCUACAGACAGCACUGAUCCAAGCCAAACAUGGACAGAAGCCCCCUAACUGCAACUGUGAUGGGCCUGACUGUCCAGACUACCUUGAGUGGUUGGAGAAGAAGAUUAAAUCAGCAACCAGUGAUGGUCAAGCCUUAUCUAAAACAGGUGAUGGCCCCCCACAUGUACAGCAACCCCAUCUGCAGCAUCACUUGCAGCCCAACCAACAGAUGAAUGGUGGUCAUCAUAUGCCUAUUUCAUGCCCCCAGCAACAAGAAGCAACUCAAAGCCCCCUCCCAGACCAAGUGCCCUGCUCCAAACCUCCUAUUCCUUGCUCGCCCCAGGUGCUCUCCAUAGCCAAGGAAAAGAACGUCAGUCUUCAGACAGCCAUUGCCAUCGAUGCCCUGACACAAUUAUCUGGUACUAGUCCUCAAACUGCCAGUUCUCUGGGUCAAACAGCAUUCAGAAACAGCCUCCAUAACCACCAUCACACCCAGAGCAUCACAUCUGGCUUGAUCCCUUCCUCUCCUGGAAGCAACUCCUCUUCUCGUUCACAGUCUGUCCCUCCAGGACUGCAGACCAAUCAGCAGGCUCCAGCAUCAUUUGAACACCACAGACCCCAGUCCCAGGGCCAUCCACCCAACUUUUCACCGCUCCCAUGCUCUACCUCGCCUUUCCCUGGUCAGGGAAAACCUCCCAGUUUCAGUCCUAAUACCCAGCAGUGGCAAAUGAGCCUGGACAGAGGAUCUGAACAGAGGAAUUCAUGGAUGAUGAUGAAGUCUGAGCCCCAGUCUCACUUUGCCACUGCACCUCAAACUAGGUCAGAUCCAAUGUCCGAGCUUAAACAAUUGCUUGGGGACACCAGCGGCAAGUUCACCAAUGCCCCUUUCAAACUUCCAGUUGCACAGCACCCCAGUGUGAACCAGAAUGGGGGUAUUCAGGGCCAGGCCAGCCCAGCUUUAGCCAGGAUAAAACAAGAACCAGACUCUGGUGAGCAUUACCAUCACAUCAUGGCACAAUAUGGAAUGUCUAAUGGUCUACAGCAGGGUCAGCACUACCCGGGUAGUCCUAUGGUUCCUGGUCAAGCAGCAAUUAGCCACUCCACUCAGGCAGCUCUGCAACAGCACCUUCACUACAAGAGGAACCUCUUCCCUAACCCUCCCCCUGGCUAUGGAGCUUGCCAAAACUUGAAAAAAUGGUGGCCACGGAUGGAGGGAGAUGGUUUGCCAUAUCUAGCAAUCAAACAAGAACCCAAGGAACCCAAGAAGAGAAGAGUCAGCCAAGGAUCUCCUGCCAUGAAAGAUGUGAGUGGGACGUUUAUAGGUGCUGCCUUCCCAAAACCCAAGCAGAUAAUCAUCAAAAAGACUAAGCAGAAAGCUUCCAUGCCAACUUUCAUGCCUCAGAAUCAGAUCAAUGCACAAAAACCACCACCCCCAUCCCUGACCAGCGUGCAAGCAUGCGCUCUCCCUUUCAUGCCCCCCCAUAGUGGCUCCACUCAGGCUGCUCCUGCAGGCCUCCUUGUCCCAGCCCAAUCUCAGGUAUCCAUUUCCAACACCCCAAUGACUCCCUCUUCCACUGCUUCUGCUUCAUCAGAAAACACUCCAGCUCUCACGAGGCCUCUGCCUCUAUCGGCGGCUUCCGAAGACCACGUAAAAUCUGAAGGAGUGGGCAGUCUAGUGUCCAGUAACACGAGCACCACCACACCUGUGACCUCCAUACCUCCAUCCAACACCUCACAAUUACAAAAUCUCAUCAACAUAGAUCCAAAGUAUGAAGAACUGAUCCGCCAGUUUGAGGCUGAAUUCGGAGACUCAGUCCCGGACGCAUCAGCCAGUCAGUCUGGGGAGCUAAUAACAACCCCUAAGCCAGGGAAUCAAUCCCUGAUCAAUCCUCAGGACCUCAGUCCCACAUCUUCCCACUCUUCCCAGCCACUUCCCUCAGUUGUCACCACUCAAGCCAACUCCACACCUCAAUCAGACGAUCAGGAGAUUGAAACAGACAAGCGUGAGUCAGGACCCCAAAGUGAAGCAACUAUGAGCCAGACGUCCACAGACAGCCUUGUGGAAAAGCAACACGAGGGCCCUGUUGAUGUUUCUCUGCACAAUGAGACCAUUUUGGACAAGCAGCAACACCAGGAUACAUUCAGCAUGCCAUCACCGCUACCUAAACGCAUAAAGUUUGAAACUGCCGGUGACAUAUCAGUACUGUCCACCACAUGCUAUUCUGAGGAGGACACGCCCACUAAAGACGGUGUACCCUGCUCUCCAUCUCUUAGAGGCUUCCUAGAAUCCCCUUUGCGCUACCUGGACACCCCCACCAAGAACUUGCUGGAUACUCCUUCAAAGGAUUCACAGUCAGAUUUCCCCACCUGUACCUGUGUGGAACAAAUCCUGGAGAAAGACGAGGGUCCGUACUACAAUCACCUGGGAUCUGGACCUACUGUCGGCUCCAUACGAAGCCUGAUGGAGAUGAGGUACGGAGAGAAGGGUGAAGCCGUCCGAAUUGAGAAGGUGGUGUACACGGGCAAGGAAGGGAAGAGCUCCCAUGGUUGUCCUAUUGCCAAGUGGGUGAUCCGUCGGGGCAGCGAGAAGGAGAAGCUGUUGUGUCUGGUGCGCCAUCGUGCUGGACACCACUGUGCCAACGCCGUCAUCGUCAUCGUCAUCCUGGCCUGGGAGGGCGUCCCGAGAGCGAUGGCCGACAAGCUUUACCACGAGGUGACCGGCACCCUGACCAGCUACGGAAACCCCACCAGCCGGCGCUGCGGCCUCAACGACGACCGUACCUGCGCCUGCCAAGGCAAAGACUCUGAGACUUGUGGUGCUUCCUUCUCGUUCGGCUGUUCCUGGAGUAUGUACUUCAACGGCUGUAAAUACGCCCGCAGCAAAAUGCCACGCAAGUUCAGGCUACAAGGAGAUCACCCUGAACAGGAGGAAAAACUCAGGGAUAACUUCCAAGAUCUGGCAACUGAGGUGGCUCCCUUGUACCAGCGACUGGCACCGCAGGCGUACACUAACCAGUGCCAAGCGGAGAACAAAGCUCCUGACUGCAGGUUGGGUUUGAAGGAAGGUCGUCCGUUCUCUGGAAUCACUGCGUGCAUGGACUUCUGCGCUCACGCUCAUAAGGACCAGCAUAACCUGCACAACGGUUGCACAGUGGUGUGUACUUUAACCAAGGAGGACAACCGUAAAGUGGGGGAAAUUCCCGAGGACGAGCAGCUCCAUGUUUUGCCUCUUUACACGAUAUCCCAGACGGAUGAGUUUGGCAGUGCGGAGGCUCAGCGCAGCAAGAUGCGGACAGGAGCCUUACAUGUGCUUCAGGCCUUUCGGCGCGAGGUGCGCAAACUGCCCGAACCUGCCAAAUCCUGCCGACAGCGCCGGCUGGAGGCCAAGAAGGCCGCGUCGGAAAAGAAGAAAAAUAAACUCAUGCAGCAAUCAGGGGAGACGCCAGAGAAAACUGUGGUCAAGGCUGAGGUCUGCAUCCCCAAUUCCCCCAAAUCCCCAGUCAUCAAUAAAGCAAUGAUAAAACAAGAGAUGAAGCCCAACAUCAAGAUGGAGCCGCUCAACGGAUCAGUAGACGGAUACCCUGUGCAGGCAAUGGACCCGUUCAAUAACAUCUACCAACACCCUGCCUACUAUGCAAGGGAAAGUCCUUCCCCGGCCGGCCAGCCCUCCGCAGCCAACACGGUCAACGGCUACCACCCCAGUCUGCCCACGAUGCCCUACGCCUACUACAACUACUCGCCCAAUGCACUUUUCCCACGUAAGCUGAGAACGUACGAGGGUCGAAAUGGCUCUUUGCCUAAAACGGGCAACAAGUCGGUCCAGAUGGAAACAAAGCCCGACAUUCAGAGCCUUCAGUCCAGACUGGCUCAGUCCUCCGCCGGCCACCUGGAGCAGCCCAACCCACUGAACCACAGCGCUUACAGCCAGCCUGCAGACUACAACCAUUCCCGCCCGUCCUCCGUCUCCUCCGAGCCCUCCAACAGAGGUUCUCCACUCAUCAAACAGGAGCCGAUGGACGUGCCGGUCUACGAAGGCACACUGCCAAGUCAGGCCGAUACCAACACGUCGAGAACCACAGCCCAGCCUGCAGCCUGGUCGCAGUACAAGCUCAAUGGGAGUAUAGUUCCUACCAACUGGGAUGCCCAGUUAAACCAUAGACAAAGUCCUGAACCCUCCUCUUUGAAACUGGACAAGCAGUCGUUUCACCAGCAUUCUCAGCAGCGGCAGUCCUCUCCUUACCCCCAGCAGUGGACGUCCUUUUCCGGCUCAACCCCCCCAAUGGCUUCUCCCAGUCCUUCUCUCCAAGUAGCUCCCUCUCCACCUCCGUCCCCUCACCUCGGCACAGCACUCCAGGCGAAUCUGCAACAGGGCUUCUCGCGCCACGCCAUCCCCAACCCAGGAACGGCACCACAACCCGGCACCUCUCACUCAGGCUCAGUUAUCCCAAAGCCAGGCACGCCGGGUCCGGGCAUCCCCCAGCGGCUGCCCAGCCCCGCUCCCAGCCCCCAGCCCAAUCCCUGGGCCGUGGGGCCCGUCGCGUACAGCCCCGGUUUGAAGCACAGCAGUCCCGCGGGAGCCUACGCCGACAAGAUCUGGUCCAAGACCGGGGAGAAUCGGUGUUCCACUCCCCUCGGGCUUCAAGAAAAGGCUUGGAAGUCUUGCGGAGGUUCGGUAGCCGGCAGCACCCCGUCUCCCGCUCCCGAGGGCCGCCUCUUCCCCGACGCUUUGCAGCAGUCCGGUCAGGCCUACUGCGACCCCAGCCGGGUCGAUAGCGACGUCGAGAGCAUCAAACAUGAAGAAUACGAGGAAGAGGUGUGGUCCGACAGUGAACACAACUUCCUGGAUCCCAGCAUCGGUGGCGUAGCGGUAGCCCCGGCUCACGGUUCCGUCCUGAUUGAAUGUGCCCGUCGGGAACUGCACGCUACCACUCCUCUCAAGAAACCCGAUCGCUCACACCCCACCCGCAUUUCCUUGGUCUUCUACCAGCACAAGAACCUCAACCAGCCCAUGCACGGCCUGGCACUAUGGGAGGCAAAAAUGAAGCUGUUGGCCGAGCGAGCGCUUCAGAGGCAACAGGAAGCGGCUCUCCUCGGGCUUUCCCAGGAAGACAUUAAAGCACUCGGGAAGAAGCGCAAGUGGGGCGCCACGGUGGCCGGGGCCAGUCCGGGACCCGGACAAUCUAUGGACAAGAAGGAGGGUCCGGUGACACGGUUAGCACCCACGUUCCACACGACCUCCACGGUUACUGUGUCUCCCUAUGCCUUCACCGGUGUCACUGGGCCCUACAGCCACUUUGUCUGAGGCCGGACAGACGGACAGACUGACUGACAGUGAUGGGGUGGUGCGUUGUGGGGCUGGGGAGAGCAACGAGCAGGAGGAAAUGUCUCUCGGCCGUCUCUCAGCCGUCUAGCAUCUCUCCACCCCGGCCCCUCCACAGUCCACUCGAAGGAGGGGACAUUUUUAUUGUUUUUUACCUCAUGUCAGGCAGUGGUUUGGGCUUCAGACACACUGCCUGUGGUGCUCUUCCUCUCUCUUUCCCAGAGAGGAACUCCAUUGCUUUUUCUUGUUUAUAGAAUUUUAAUGAUUCUAAUUAUUGCUAUUAUUAUCAAUAUUAUUAUGAUUGCUAUUGUUACUGUCAAUGUUGUUAUUACAGGUAUUAUUAUAAUGAAGACUCGUUUUUUUUUUUAUUAUUAUUGUUGUUUUGUUAAUGUUAUUAUGAAUGAGGUGAUUUUUUUUUUCUUUCUUGUUGAAAUAUUUUUUUUAAAUCAAUCAAUCUGAGUCACUCAGAUCGUUGCUUUUUCCAUGUUUGGAAAAUCUGUUUCCUUUUUUUUUAUUAUUAUGUUUGAUUUUCCUUCUCCAUGUCAAUCUGAAAAACUUUACUUACAGGAGGAGCCAUUAAUCUACCCAAUCAGACGGCAAGUCAAUACUGCAAAAAUCAUGAUGAAGCCUGUAUGCAAAAAGUAAUCUGGAGAGAGAUAGCUACGCAGAACUGACAAUAUUCGAAUAUUGGCCCCUUUUAACAGCUUUAUAUAUAUAUAUAUAUAUAUAUAUAUAUAUAUAUAUAUUUCCAUCUGUGGGGAUUUUUUUAAGGCAGCCAUUCAGUCAGUUCAGCAACUUCAAUAAUGUCUAAUAUGACCAUUUAUAGAAAACCUGAAACUUGUAAACAAAACCAAUAAUAAUGAUAGAAUAAGUAAAGAAACAAACACCCAGAUGAUAAAUGUUUGCAGAGGAAUCCCCCUGGGGGGAAACGUUGGUGCUUGUCUUGUCCGUGGAUGAUGAGCUCCUCCUGUUUCUCUGCACCCCUCAAGCUCUCGACUGGUGCUCAGCUUCCAGCUCUCAUAGGUUCUCAUUUCGCUACUUUCCAUGACACUUGGUGCUGUAUUUAGGUGCUCAUACUCGAAUUCGGCUCUUGUAGUUUUCGCAAAGUUAACACUUGUCGUUGUUUUUGACUGAGGUGCUUUACCAGAACAACAUUGCUUCAGGAUGCAGGCGCAGAGAACGUUUCGUGUUAAGGACAGUCGUAUAAUGAUUAAUCUCACAAGCGCUGUUCUUGGCUCAUCGUGUUUUUUCCUCCGAUGACUCUGUAGGUGCGGUAUCUUGCACUCCAUAGAGGCUAAACUAAAAAGAUGAGUACUUUGCAAAUUCCAUUCGACCCAGAUCUGAUGGGAACGGAGCAGGUGGCACUCUAAUCUUUCUACAACAUUCAAGUAGGGACGAGCACUUCCCAGUGUAAACUCUAGAGAGCAGCAGUGACUGCCAUUCCAAAGCUGUGUGUGUGGAAAAAAAACCCGCAAGCACUUGAGAUCCAUUCAGAAAGCAGUCUUUUCCUAGCUGCUGUAACCACCCACGGCCAGUAGAGGGCGAUCUCACUGCCUCUUUGCUGACCGUGGAGGGGUCGCACCAAAGCAGCUCGAGGCAAAGACUGUCUCUCAUCCCACAGACGUACAAAUGUGAGUGAAGUCUGGAGAUGCAUCUGGGAAGGCCGUCCAGGGCUAGUGUUGGGACUGCAGUGCUCUUGGUGCUCCUACGCUCUGGUGUCGUCCUAUUACACUUGAUUUACUGCGAAAGACCUACUCCCUUUCUCUGCAUGGUGCUGUCAUCUUUGAGCAGAGCGAGGCAUGUCCAUUUUUGCGGGAAACCUUGUUACUACAGAGCCAGCCGAAUCAAAGUGGAUGCUCUGUGAUUGCAGCUUUUGAUUAUUGGGCUCAAGAACUGGUUCCUGUGGAGGAGUUUUCCUUCUUCUUUGCAUAAUAGUAACAAAGUACACUGUCCAGUGCAAAAGCACAGCCGUUCAUCACAUCUCUUGGUAACGCAUGAGCAGUGCUUUUCACAGAGAAAACAACACUGAGAGAUAAAGGCAAAGUGUCGAGAAUUACUGUAGCUCUAGGGAGUUGGCGCCUCGUGCAAAUGCUUCAAGUCAGCUAAUCUCUCACUGUGUGUGUGUGUGUGUGUGUGUGUGUGUGUGUGUGUGUGUGUGUGUGUGUGUGUGUGUGUGUGUGUGUGUGUGUGUGUGUGUGUGUGUGUAGUGCGGUGUGCCUGGCACACUUGCAUAAUUGUGUGAAAAUGACGGGUGAAAGGGAGAGAUUAGUUGACGGUGUUGCUAGAGUUCUUUGAGUGGCUCCGUUUUACAGGACUGUCUCAGAAAAUUUGAAUAUUGUGAUAAAGUUCUUUAUUUUCUGCAAUGCAAUUAAAAAAACAAAAAUGUCAUACAUUCUGGAUUCAUUACAAAUCAACUGAAAUAUUGCAAGCCUUUUAUUAUUUUAAUAU